GACCCAUUUUCCGGCACAGUCACACAAUACAAAUUGUUCGCUGAAAGGCUGACGCCGGGAAACUCAGCUCCUCUGAUCGCUGCAACUGUGGAGGCUUCCGUGAGGAAAUAUCGGUUCACCGACCUGGCUGCGGGCACAUUCUACAACGUGAGUGUGUUGGCCAUGACGGCGAGCGAAUCCGUCGGCGGUGGUGUUAGAGAAGGUGCUCCGCUCUUCAUGAAAGUGCAGACAGUUCCCACCGGUGAGUUGUGCCGCUUGACGCAACCAGUCGGAGUGUGGGAUACUCUCAAUUCAGACCUCUUUUGUAUGAAUAUAUGCAAGUAA